AUGGGCCGCAUCAACAAGUUGACCAACAGUCGUGGCGAGAAGGUACCCCUCAUCCAGAAGGAGAUCACUCGCUUCGUCUUUAUCAUCGUCCUGAUGACAAUCCUGCUGGUCGGCAUCCUGGCCCUCGAGUGGGGCGUGUUCCUGCGCGUCAAACAUCCCAACAACCAUCCUCCUAAUCGAUGA